AUGAAGACAAUAAUCGAGAAAGAAAAUUGGUUUCGUUUAAUACUUACUGCCACGUUUCUAAUGAUAUGCGUUGUUGCAGAAAAGCGGAAAAGACAAAUAUUUAGAGAACAAGUCUUACCAGCAUUAGGAGGUAAAAUUCCAGAAGAAGCUUUUAGGACUGAUCGUUUAGCCUUAAAUCGAUUAAACAAAGAAGGUAUUACAGUACCUGAUGGAGUGGUCUUUGAUGCCCGAGGUGUGCAUAAACAUACUCAGCAUGUUCAAGCGAUGCCAGAAGUAAUAAAAUUGAAGAGCAUCGUUCUGUCUUUGCAGGUGUACCUGACACCGGAUGGACGAUACGUUCCACCCGAAGGCAGAUUUCAUUACAACCGUGCGAAAGCGAUUGACACAACUUACGUUAUUCGUACGCCAUACUCGCGAUUUAAUGGUCACGAGUACACGAACAAUCGCUUUAACAAGCAUCGGGAUUUUUCUAAAUCACAAACUUAUACGAGCUUCAGACAAUUUGUACCUAUAGUACCACCAUUGAAACCUGGAAUUUAUAAACCUAUCGUAACACCUUUGGUACUUCCUGCUGAUGCCAAUUUAUUAGAAGAAACUUUUACACCAACUUGGAAUAUUCGCUACGAGUGGGAUUCUAUUUACCAACCAUUCGACGAUUAUAUUCUCAACAACAUAGCGCUUUUCAACUCUCACCAGAUCAUUGCUGAUUAUCAGGGAUUUUUGAAUAAGUUUCAUGAGCGAUCUUCGAGACACGCCGGAUCUCAUCCUGCAAAUAGAAACCAAAACUUUUCUCCUCGUAUUCGAAAGCAGGAAUUGCAAAACAUCGAAAUAAAUCCGAAAGCGACAUCGUACCAAAAUGUCAAACUGAACACUGACGAUACAGUUUCUCGCUACACGAAUCUUACCAAAAUUCCAGAAACUGGUUUCACGUGCAGUGGUAGGAGAGGCAUGUUUGCCGAUGUUGAAACUAAGUGUCAAGUUUUCCACAACUGCUCUGGUUGGUCGAAAACUUCCUCGCUUUGUCCAUCGGGAACAGCAUUUAGUAACGUAAAGAAACGUUGUGAAUGGUGGAAUACAGUAGAGUGUAAAUAAUUCAUUUAAUUCUAUCGAAAUUUCAAUAAUAUUAGAAUAGUAAUAUAGAUAUAAAUGAAUUAAAAGCAAUGAUAACUUAGAUAUCCAUUAUAAAUUGUUAUAAUUAGACUGUGGAUUUUUACGCAUUUAUGAGAAAUUUAAGGGGCGUCGAAAUGCACAGAAUGCGCGUAAUACGCAAAAAUAUGUGAAACGUCCAAAAUAUAGCACUUACUAUAAUACCUAGUAGCUAAAACACAUUUCGGCUUUCCAGGUCCCAUUUCUUUAACGGCUUUCAUAAAAAUAUAUAUUUGCAUAAAUAUCCGCAGUCCGGUUAUGAUUAAUAUGCGAAACUAAUACGAUGAAGAAAAUGUAGAUAUACCAUCUCUAUUACGAACGUCCAAAUUAUGUUCACUGUUACAUAGAAUGAGGAAAUAUAAGAACAGUUUAAGAAUGUA